AUGUCAACUUCACUUCAACUGUCUAAGGGUGAUAAUUUCACGGAAGACGCAAAAUUGCUCCCAAGCGAACAAGAAUGUGCGGGUUUCAAGGUGGAUUUGCUUGCCGGCCAUGCCUCGAACAAGGCGCAGGAUUUUGACAGCGAUUCGGAAACCUCAAGCGAGGACGAUGACGAAGAGGAUACCAGUGAUGAUGAGCGAAAACUUGCGGACAAUCCUAUUUUAAAAGAAAGGCUACGACACCUGGAUAAGUAUGCGUCUUCCUUUCGUUACGAUGCUGGACAACCUCCCACUGAUCCCGGUGUUCCUACCUAUAAUGAAGAUGUAGCCGUCGAUUAUAGACGCGUUGCAUCUGUCGACGCUGGGCCACAUAGCCAGCUACUUCGUGAACCCCUCCCUAUGCAAAAUUCUCUCGGACCUUCCGUGGCAAAUGCAAUCCCCAUUUCUGUGCCGUCUGAAAAAAACCCUGUGCUAUCAUAUAGCGUGCAAUCUAUCGGUGGUGGCAUGGAAACAUCUCUUGUUGACGGACGGCAAUGUCGGUCCAUGCCCUUAGGUAUGGGAUUUUCAGAAACAAAUUAUGAGAAUCAUCCCUCAGUCAACUCAAACUGUGAUAACUCGGCCGCAGGCGACUCUGAAGAAUAUGAAUGCGAACUCUGCGGUGCAAUAUACACUAAUAGGUCGUCACUUCGAAGCCACCUUAAGAAGCACGCGGGUCAGAUUAUAAAAAGACAUCAAUGUCAACAUUGUUCAUAUUCUACACAAUAUGGCAAAAACCUCCUGAAGCAUAUUGACUCUACGCAUGCUGAAGCUGGUAAUGGCAAACAUCACUGUGAUUCAUGCAACCUUAAUUUCCCUAAUGAGUUACAGUUACGAAAUCACGAGCAGACUCACAGUGCAAUUAGUAAUUAUCAGUGUGAGGAAUGCGGUCGCACCUUUAAGACAAAGCUUCGUUUGAAGUAUCACGCCGAUAUUCAUAAUCCCAGAAAGCCCUACAUCUGCGAUGUUGAAGGGUGUGAUCGGGCGUUUCGCACUCCAAAGUACCUUAAAAACCAUCGUGAUGAAUUUCAUCAUAUGCAGCCCAAGCAAUAUCCUUGCCCGAUUGACGGGUGCCUUCUCGUGUUCCACCGGAAAACUCACCUCAAGCGCCAUGUUGCAACUCACGAUGAUUCCGAAAAGAAGUUUCAUUGUACAUGGCCUGAAUGUCAGCGACGAUUCAGGACAAAGGAUUCACUGGAUCUUCAUUAUAACAAGCACACUGGCGAAAACCCAUUCCAUUGUGAUCUCUGCCCCUUCACCUGUCAGGAGAAAGGUGUUUUGACCGAACACUACCGUCAAAAGCACUCCAAAACAUCAACUGCUACCACCGUUGGUCUGAUGUCACCUGACUCUAAUCCCUUUGCCGCUCUCCACCGUCCACUCCCCCCUCCUCCCGUUCUUCAAACCACCGCGGGCGGCGGGAUCUUACCCGCCUCCGGAUCCGAAAUCAACGGGGUCCUAGGUUCCAUAGACAAAGAUGAGUCACUAGAACUUUUCUCACCAAACUCUCCCUCGGUGGGGCAGAGCAAAACUGCCUUCCAAAUAACUCGCACCACCUCCUCCACUUCCGUGCCGCAUUCCGCUCCUUCCUCUGCCUCUCCUGGACAACAUAACCUCGUCGGUGAUCCCAACAACACCACGGCACACAUUCUUCCCUCCCUCCUUGCAGUUUUAGAAAAAACUGCUGGGUUAGAUCCUAACGCCCCCGAAUCAGAGGCUGCGCGUGAGUACGCUCGCUCACUACUUCCUCCCUUCGUGACCGGUGAGGCGUUGGCUGAGAAUGUCAAUAGGGCCAUCGACGAAGUAAUCGGAAGUUUGGAGGAUCAACCGGUCCAUGUGGUGCACGCAGUUUUUGCUUCCAGUCGUGGUCUCAAUUCUGACGAACUCCAUAUGGUUGAAUCGUUAGAGAACCAACUGACUAGCAGUUCCGGCUCUCCUCUUGUAGCUCCAGCUCCUCCGCGAAAGCGCGGGCGACGACCGAAGUUACAGCAAUUGCUGCAACCACAUUUAGAACGCCUCUAUAAUCUGGAGCCUUGCAUUGCCGAGGCAAUGGCUGUUCACUUGGUCUCUCGGCACAAUGCUCAUCCACCAGCCUAUGCAAACAAGGACCCUUCGAUGCGUGGUCGUGGUCGAGGUCGAGGCAGAGGUCGAGGACGCGGUCGGGGUCCUGAUGGUGUCCACUGGCUUCCUGACAUAGGUGAAGGUGGUGCUUACGACAACGAUUGCGUCUCCCCUCGUGGUCAAUAUAUAGGAGCGGUUAGGCGGGGCGGUCCUGGCUCCCGUGGUGGACGUGGACGUGGAGCUUUCAGAAUUCAAGUAAUGGAUUAUUCCAUGUCUCGGCAAUUCACUGGAAGACGUGGGGAAGAGGAUGAAGAUGUUGAAGGCGAUGAGGACAAUGAGGAAGAUGAGGAUGAUGAUAGGCGGUAUAAUGAAGGGGUUGAUGACACUGAUCCAUCCACCCAGCUCCGCAGAACCCAAAACUACUCACGUCAGAAGUUACUGAAUGACUCGGAGGUAGAUGAUGAGCAGGAGUUAGAUAACCUAGGUGUAGAUGAGGAGAUGCCAGAACAGGAUCAGUACGAUCAUGACGCGAUGGAUGAACAGUCAGUGGACCUAAGGAAGACAGCAUAUGCGAGAACCUCAGGACCAUCAAUGCGACCCCUCGGCAUGUACCCCAUAAACACAGCGGCAAAUCAUCGUUUUGAAGGACGUAGUCGUGAUGGUUUGGGUGAAGUGCUAGAAGACCUCGGUUGCAUAGCAAGGCAUGGUGCCGUGGCUAAGAGGGAAACUUCCCUUUACACACAGGUCGAAGCAGCAGAGCAACGUAAUGGUGAGGUGGAUGUCUGUUCUCGAAGGAGUUCAGCCGCUGCCACACCUUCACAUGGACCCGUUCCACUACCCUCUAUGGCUGCACUGGCAUCUAGUUCAACAUCACCUGCAGAUCUUGCUCCCGGAUCCGGUAGGGCAAAUCACGGUCAGAUAGGACCUGCGUCAGCUGCCAGUGCAUCCACAAUGUCACCGCUUGUUGGUGGGUUAGGAGGAACGAACCAACGUCCACCCAGCCGACCUCUGGCUCAUCAGACAAGCGUUCCUGAGUGUUCUCAAGUCACUUCUCCCAUUCUACAUUAUCCUCCCUCCUCCGUCGGCAUGCACUGUAAUCCUCCAUCUGUGGGUGGUCUCGGUGGCAUGGGUCCUUGGUCCGAGUCCAGCUAUGGUUCUUCCAGUCAAGAGGCCUAUAAGCAGGCACCGCCCAAUGUGUUCCUUCACGCCUCUCCUAACACCACCUCACUACAGUACCGUCAACAGCAACAACAGCAGCAGCACCCAGGAAGCGCCUCCCCAGAGUUCCAUCACCUUCAGCGUGAACAGCUCAUGCCUUCCACCUCACCCUCCCAAAGAAUGCUCUCUUCCAAUCCCUACUUGGCACAUCAGCAGCAACAGCAGCACCAUCAUCAGCAGGCUACACCACCCUCUGUGUCAGCUACUGGUGACGCCGUAGAUCACCUUCGUUCGCUCUCAGCCCUGGGCGCCAAGUACACCCAACCACUCUCCGAGCCCAUUGAUUUGGGAGAGCAGAGAGAUACCCAUCCCAUGCCUCUCCCCAUGCUUGGCUCCGGCUGUGGAAUGCCCCCAACUUCUCUCGGCAGUCUCCUCUCUGGUAAGGCUAGACUUGUCUACUCCUACCAGUAA